AUGAUGGCCAGUAAGGGUCAAUGUUUUUGUCUACACUUAUUUCCUUUCUUUCUCGUAUUCCAAGUGUGCACAAACAUAUACGUAUCUGAAAGGCCCAUGGCUCGUACUUUCGUCGUUUUCGAUAAGGACGGUAAGCCAGCGGAGCGACCGGACGAGUAUUUCCCGCUGGUGCAAAUGGAUAAGGAAGAAUUUGUAAAUAGGCGCCGAGGGCAUGUUGCAGACGAAAACCUUUUUGCCGUUGAUGGGGAUUUAAUCCUCAGUCACCUGAUUAUGGGUACACAGAUAAUGUACGACGCCGAGAAAAACGCAGUACAUUCCUGCGACACCGGAGAGUCUGAAGCAGAUGGCUCGAUUCCGAUAUCAGUGCGAGUGCUUUCAGACGAGUUUGUGGUGCGACACGAGUCGCAACCCGACUGCCUGGCCUGGGGUUCGGAGGCACCAUCUGUUUACGCAGGUUAG